UUCAAUAUUUGCUUGAAGAAACAGUACAGUUAAACAUGUCUUCGCUUGCAUUUAGAUCUUUGAGAAGUGGAUUGGGCGUUAAGGGCUCUGUUAGAGCUUUGUCCUCUACCACCACCUCCUUGUCCAACUACCAACAACCAGACUUCAGCAGUUACUUGAACAACAAGGGUACCGACAAGUCCCGUAACUUCUCUUACUUCAUGGUUGGUUCUAUGGGUUUGCUCUCUGCUGCCGGUGCCAAGUCUACCGUCGAAACUUUCUUGUCAUCUUUGUCCGCCUCUGCCGAUGUUUUGGCCAUGGCUAAGGUUGAAGUUAAGUUGGGUGCUAUUCCAGAAGGUAAGAACGUUCUUGUCAAGUGGCAAGGUAAGCCAGUUUUCAUCAGACACAGAACUGCCGAAGAAAUUGAUGAAGCUAACAAGGUUGACAUCUCCUCCUUGAGAGACCCUCAAACUGACUCUGACCGUGUCAUUAAGCCAGAAUGGUUAGUUAUGGUUGGUAUCUGUACCCAUUUGGGUUGUGUCCCAAUCGGUGAAGCUGGUGAUUUCGGUGGUUGGUUCUGUCCUUGUCACGGUUCCCAUUACGAUAUCUCUGGUAGAAUCAGAAGAGGUCCAGCUCCAUUGAACUUGGAAAUCCCAACUUACGAUUUCACCGAUGACGAAACUUUGUUAGUCGGUUAA